CUGACGGGUGUGUGGGUUGUGUUCACGUGGUCCAGAUCCUGUGGCGCGUGGAGCGGGAGGGCGAGCGCCUGGCGCGGCCUCAGGACUGCCCCCAGGAAGUGUACCUAGUCAUGAGGAGGUGCUGGGCCUGCAGCCCCGCCGACAGGCCCAACUUCUCCCAGCUCACCACACUGGUGGCCGAGGCUCGACCAAUGGAGGUGCAGGCCACCCGGGACUUCAACGAGCCCAGGAAGCUGCCUCUUCAGACCAACGACAUGGUGACCGUCAUAGAGCACGGGUUGGAGCUGUGCGAGUGGAAGGGCCAGAACCACCGGACCCUGGCCGUGGGCUGGUUCCCCGCCAGCCUCUGUGUCCCGACCCUCCCGGCCUCCGGCCCCGUGGCCCGUGGGCCCCGUGGGCCCCGGCUCCGGACCCCCGUCCCAGAGCCGGGCUCCGGCCCCCGCUCUGCCCUCGGCCCUCAUCUCGGCCCCGCUGAAGGGGAGCCUGCUGCAUCGGGGCCACGGGGACCUGCGCCCCGACCGCAGCUGGGGGACCCCGGAGAGACUGGAGGAGUAAGAGGAGAACACGUCGUGGCAUCGCGUCAUUGGUCCGACAGACAUUGGACCAAUGACGCCGUGUUUUUUUUUUACCAAAUCGAAACAAACCCCAACCAAUCCCUCUCACGCGCCGACUGGCACCCGCCCAUGUCUCAGUUUGUUGCGGAAACUGAGUUCGAUUUUCAGGCUGUACUUUACUUUACCUUAACGCUCACAUUAAGCGGUACUGCCGUAAAACAGGUCAGUCUUAGUUCUGCUUUUAUUAGCUCUGUUUUUAUUAGUGAAGAGAUGCUGGGUUUAAGAUCUUGGGCGGGGGGGGGGGGGGGGGGAUGGACAGCUCUUACGGGGUGGUGGUGCAUCGUUACCCUAUAUUUAAAAGGGGGUGGGAUUAAUUAGACCGUCAGCCUUUCUCGUUGGCUCAUCUGUGUCAGAUCUGGAACCACAUCCAACCGGA